ACUGUAAGCUAACAAUGUCCUCGAUCUUAAAACUCUUGACCUUAUUCGGUCUCAUAGCCCUGCUUAAUGGGAAUAUCUUGGGGGCCAGUAAAGAAAACAUGGCUGUAACUAAAGAUAAAAUAAUACCUAGAACUGUUAGUACAUCCAUAGUAAUGGGGGAAAAACAAUACUACAUUGGAACAUUUCAAAAGCUGAACUGGUACGAAGCCUCUCUUGCAUGUGCUAAGCGUGGCAUGACUUUGACCGCAAUUGAGUCAAUGGAAGAGAACGACAAUUUGAGAAAGUUCUUGUACAAUCAAUCGCUUAUGGAGAAAGGCUACUGGACGUCUGGUUCGAAUUUAGCUGAUGUCAACCAAUAUACAUGGAUGGCGACGGGUAGUACUCCCAUCUACACUAACUGGGUUGCUGCCGAGCCGGAAAUUGUUGAAUCCAAAUGUGUCUGCACGAACGAAUUAUUUAAAUGGAAGACGGAAGUAUGCGCAGAUACCAAACAAUAUUACAUUUGUUCCAGACCUUUGUUGCCACCUUGCGGUGUCAAGGGUGCCUGUCGGUUUUCUUAUUAUCCAUUUUAAAUACAGAAUUAUGUAACAGAAGGAAUCUAAUGAAGAAAUACGCAAUCGAUUAAUUAAUUGAAAAUAAAAUCUUAAAAAUAUGUUAAACAACA